CUCAAACACGCAUACACCAGCACACGCGCGCACACAGCCCGUGCUCCACACGCAGAUACAGCACCAGCAUCUCCGUGUGAAAGCUAACCAUGGCUGAAGGAGGAGAAGGCGAGGAUGAAAUCCAGUUCCUGCGAACUGACGAUGAGGUGGUCCUACAGUGCUCAGCCACAAUCCAUAAGGAACAACAGAAACUCUGUCUGGCUGCUGAAGGUUUUGGAAACAGACUGUGCUUCCUUGAAUCCAUCUCCAACUCCAAGAAUGUGCCUCCGGAUCUUUCCAUCUGCACCUUUGUGUUGGAGCAGUCGUUGUCAGUACGAGCCCUUCAGGAGAUGCUGGCCAACACCGAGGAGAAGGCUGAGGGGACGGCCCAGGGAGGCGGCCAUCGCACCUUACUGUACGGACACGCUGUCCUGCUGCGACACUCCUACAGUGGAAUGUACCUGUGCUGUCUGUCCACCUCCCGCUCAUCCACAGACAAACUGGCUUUUGAUGUUGGACUGCAGGAAGAUACCACAGGCGAGGCAUGUUGGUGGACCAUCCAUCCAGCAUCAAAGCAGCGGUCAGAGGGGGAGAAAGUUCGAGUCGGAGAUGAUCUCAUCCUGGUCAGCGUCUCGUCAGAAAGAUAUCUGCAUCUGUCCUACGGUAAUGGCAGUCUCCAUGUAGAUGCAGCCUUCCAGCAGACACUAUGGAGUGUGGCUCCCAUCUGUUCUGGCAGUGAAGUAGCACAAGGUUUCCUGAUAGGAGGGGACGUCCUGCGCCUACUCCACGGUCACAUGGACGAAUGUUUAACUGUUCCAUCUGGGGAGCAUGGGGACGAACAGAGGAGGACAGUGCACUAUGAGGGAGGAGCAGUGUCCAGUCAUGCCAGGUCUCUGUGGAGGCUGGAGACGCUGCGGGUUGUAUGGAGUGGGAGUCAUAUCCGCUGGGGUCAGCCGUUCAGACUGAGACAUGUCACCACUGGGAAGUAUUUGAGUCUGAUUGAAGACAAAUCUCUUCUGCUGAUAGACAAAGAGCAAGCUGAUGUCAAGUCUACAGCCUUCUGCUUCAGGUCAUCCAAGGAAAAGUUGGACCCUGGUGUGAAGAAGGAGGUGGAUGGGAUGGGUGUUCCUGACAUCAAGUAUGGCGACUCUGUGUGUUACAUCCAACAUGUUGACACAUGCCUCUGGCUCACAUACCAGACUGUUGAUGCCAAGUGUGCACGCAUGGGUGGAGUACAGAGAACGGCCAUCAUGCACCAUGAGGGUCACAUGGACGACGGGCUGACCCUGUCUCGGUCACAACAUGAGGAGAGUCGCACUGCCAGAGUCAUCCGCAGUACUGUGUUUUUGUUCAACCUCUUCAUCAGGGGUUUGGACACACUAAGGAAAAAGGGAAAGAGCUCCACUCUUGAUCUACCAAUAGAUUCGGUCAGUCUGAGUCUGCAGGAUCUCAUUGGCUACUUUCAACCACCCGGAGAUCACCUAGAGCAUGAAGACAAGCAGAACCGCCUGAGAGCUCUGAAGAAUCGGCAGAACCUCUUUCAGGAAGAGGGAAUGAUCAACCUGGUAUUGGAAUGUAUUGAUCGUCUUCACGUCUACAGCAGUGCAGCUCAUUUUGCUGAGGCAGUAGGAAGGGAGGCAGGAAAGGCCUGGAGCUCCAUCCUCAACUCCCUCUACCAACUACUGGCUGCACUGAUCAGAGGAAACAGGAAGAACUGUGCUCAGUUUUCUGGUUCGUUGGACUGGCUGAUUAGCAGACUGGAGCGACUGGAGGCCUCAUCUGGUAUACUGGAGGUGCUUCACUGUGUUCUGGUGGAGAGCCCUGAGGCACUCAACAUAAUCAAAGAGGGACACAUUAAAUCCAUUAUAUCUUUGCUGGACAAGCAUGGACGUAACUACAAGGUUCUAGAUGUGUUGUGUUCACUAUGUGUGUGUCACGGCGUGGCAGUGCGCUCCAACCAGCACCUGAUCUGUGACAACCUGCUGCCAGGAAGAGAUCUGUUACUGCAGACCCGCCUGAUCAACCACGUAAGCAGUAUGCGUCCCAACAUCUUUCUGGGCGUCAGUGACGGCUCUGCUCAGUACAGGAAGUGGUACUACGAGAUGAUCGUGGAUCAGGCGCUGCCGUUUGUCACAGCAGAGGCUUCUCACCUCAGGGUGGGCUGGGCCAACACCAAUGGCUACGCACCCUACCCCAGCGGGGGCGAGGGGUGGGGGGGCAAUGGGGUGGGUGAUGACCUCUACUCCUAUGGCUUUGAUGGGCUCCAUCUCUGGUCAGGCUGCAUUGCACGGACCGUUAGCUCACCCAAUCAGCAUCUUCUGAGAGCGGAGGAUGUGGUGAGCUGCUGCCUGGACCUCAGCGUGCCCAGUAUCUCCUUCAGGAUCAAUGGCCAGCCGGUUCAAGGCAUGUUUGAGAACUUCAACUCUGACGGCCUCUUCUUUCCUGUGGCCAGCUUCUCUGCAGGAGUCAAGGUGCGUUUCCUCCUCGGGGGCCGUCAUGGGGAGUUUAAGUUCCUCCCUCCUCCAGGUUACGCCCCUUGCUAUGAGGCAGUGUUGCCCAGGGAAAAGCUGAAGCUGGAAGCCAGUCAGGACCAGACUGCAGCCAGAGACCUGCUGGGACCCACCAUCACCUUGAGCCAGGCAGCAUUCACCCCCACCCCUGUGGACACCAGCCAGAUUGUGCUGCCACCUCACUUGGAGAGGAUCAGGGAGAAGCUUGCAGAAAACAUCCAUGAACUGUGGGUGAUGAACAAGAUAGAACUGGGCUGGACCUACGGUGCAGUGCGAGAUGAUAACAAGCGGCAACACCCCUGUCUGGUGGAGUUCUCCAAGCUUCCUGAACAAGAAAGAAGCUACAACUUACAGAUGUCUCUGGAGACUCUCAAAACUCUCCUGGCCUUGGGUUGCCAUGUUGGCCUAGCAGAUGAACACGCUGUAGAGAAAGUCAAGAGCCUGAAACUAUCACCAACCUAUGAGUUGUCCGGUGGUUAUAAACCUGCUCCUCUGGACCUGAGUCACAUCAAACUGACCUCCACCCAGGAAGCCAUGGUGGACAAACUGGCUGAGAACGCGCACAAUGUCUGGGCAAGGGAUCGCAUCCGCCAGGGCUGGACCUAUGGCAUCCAACAGGAUGUGAAGAGUCGUAGAAACCCUCGUCUGGUCCCCUACAUUCUGCUCGAUGAGAGAACCAAGAAGUCCAACAAAGACAGUCUGAGAGAGGCCGUGAGGACUCUGCUGGGAUAUGGAUACAACCUGGAAGCUCCUGACCAGGACCAUGCUCAAUCUGACCCUAGCAACAUAUCUACUGAGAGGUUCCGCAUUUUCAGAGCAGAAAAAACCUACUGUGUUAACGCAGGGAAGUGGUACUUUGAGCUGGAGGUAUUGACUGCAGGAGAAAUGAGGGUGGGCUGGGCCAGGCCAGGAUGCCUCCCAGACCAGGAGCUGGGAUCAGAUGACCAGGCUUUUGUCUUUGAUGGCUUCAAGGUCCAGCGUUGGCACCAGGGUAAUGAGCACUUUGGGCGUGCCUGGCAGACAGGGGACGUGGUGGGCUGCAUGGUGGAUCUCAACGAACAAACCAUGAUGUUCACACUUAAUGGAGAAGUGCUGCUGGAUGACUCGGGAUCUGAGCUGGCAUUUAAGGACUUUGAAGUUGGUGAAGGUUUUAUCCCAGUGUCCAGUCUGGGUGUGUGUCAGGUGGGGAAAAUGAACUACGGUAAGGACGUCAGCACUCUGAAGUACUUCACCAUCUGCGGCCUGCAGGAAGGCUACGAACCGUUUGCUGUCAACAUGAACCGGGACGUCACCAUGUGGCUCAGCAAGAGGCUGCCUCAGUUUGUUCCUGUCCCCCCCAACCACCAGCACAUAGAGGUGACGAGGAUAGAUGGGACAGUGGAGUCCUGUCCUUGCCUAAAGGUCACUCAGAGGUCCUUUGGCUCCCAGAACAGUUACACCGACAUUACCUUUUACAGACUGAGCAUGCCCAUAGAGUGUGCACAGUCCUUUUCCAGAUCCACACCUAACGACAGCCUCUUCUCAUCAAAGAGGGAGCUGGAGGACUUUGAAACUGUGUCAGACUUUGAGGUCCUGAUGAAGUCUUCUCACGGUCCCAAUGGUCCCAAUGGACCGGAGAGAGACGAAUUCAACAACCACAAAGAUCAUAACCAGGAGAAGCCCUCCAAACUCAAGCAACGGUUCAUGUUGAAGAGAAACAAGCCAGACAACAGCUGUCAAUCAUCCGCUCGUCUGUCAGAGGAGGUGAUGGCUGAUGACAGAGAUGAAUAUGAAUUCCUCAUGCAAGCCUCUACUCACUACUACUCUGUGCGGAUCUUCCCCGGUCAGGAGCCCAGCAGUGUUUGGGUGGGCUGGGUGACCUCCGACUUCCAUCAGUACGACCCAGGAUUCGACCUGCACAACGUCCAAACUGUCACAGUUACCCUCGGAGAUGAGAAGGGCAAAGUUCAUGAAAGUAUUAAGCGCAGUAACUGUUACAUGGUGUGGGCUGGAGAGAGCAGCAGUCCUGGUCAGGGGAGGAACAACAAUGGCUUAGAGAUUGGCUGUCUGGUCGACACAACAAACGGAUUGUUGACAUUUACAGCAAAUGGCAAAGAACUCAGCACAUAUUACCAGGUGGAGCCCAGUACCAAGCUGUUCCCAGCAGUCUUUGCCAAGGCCACCAGCCCCAAUGUCUUUCAGUUUGAACUGGGGCGUAUUAAGAAUGUGAUGCCUCUGUCAGCUGGCCUGUUUAAGAGUGAGAGGAAGAACCCAAUACCUCAGUGUCCUCCACGGCUGCAUGUCCAAUUUCUCACUCCUGUAUUAUGGAGUCGUGUUCCCAACCACUUCCUCGAGGUGUCGGCAUCCAGAGUGAAUGACAGACACGGCUGGCUGGUCCAGUGUAACCAACCUCUGCAGUUCAUGACCCUGCACAUACCUGAGGAGAACAAGUCGGUGGAUAUCCUGGAGCUGUCAGAGCAAAGGGACUUAUUGAAGUUUCACUACCAUACCCUCCGACUGUAUUCAGCAAUCUGUGCUCUAGGAAACAACCGGGUGGCACAUGCCCUCUGCUCACACGUAGAUGAGGCACAGCUCCUGCAGGCUAUAGAGAAUAAGUACAUGCCAGGUUUGCUUCGUACAGGCUACUACAACCUCCUCAUUGAUAUCCACCUGAGCAGCUACACCACGGCUCGCCUCAUGAUGAACAACGAGUACAUUGUUCCCAUGACAGACGAAACCAAGAGCAUCACUCUGUUUCCAGAUGAGAAGAAAAAACAUGGCCUGCCAGGCAUCGGCCUCAGCACCUCCCUGAGACCCAGAAUGCACUUCUCAUCCCCGAGUUUUGUCUGUGGGACUGGCCCAUUGUCUCGUAACAACGGAUCAGGAGACUGUUUCCAGUACAGCCCUGAAUUUCCCUUAGAUGUCCUGAAAAUGAAAACCAUCGAGAUGCUAACAGAGGCGGUGCGGGAGGGAAGCAUGCACGUACGGGAUCCAAUAGGAGGCAGCACUGAGUUUCUUUUUGUCCCCCUCAUCAAGCUGUUCUACACCCUGCUCAUUAUGGGAGUGUUCCAAAGUGGAGAUCUGAAGAACAUCCUCAGACUGAUUGAGCCGUCUGUGUUCUCUGAAAGACGGGAAGGGCAGGUGGACACGCACACGGAGCUGGAGGUGGUGAAGGAAGGCAAAGCUGAUGGAGGGAGGAACAUGCCUAAAGAAGGACUGUUACAGAUGAAGCUACCCGAGCCUGUAAAACUUCAGAUGUGCCAUGUGCUGCAGUACCUGUGCGACUGCCAGGUGCGUCAUCGCAUCGAGGCGGUGGUUGCCUUCUCUGAUGACUUUGUAGCCUGUCUCCAAGACAACCAGCGGUUCCGCUACAAUGAGGUGAUGCUGGCACUCAACAUGUCUGCAGCCCUCACUGCCAAGAAGACAAAAGAGUUCAGAUCUCCUCCACAAGAACAGAUCAACAUGCUGCUAAACUUUAAGGAUGAGAAGCAGGAGUGUCCCUGUCCUGAAUACAUCCGAGAACAGCUGCUCGACUUCCACGAGGACCUGAUGAGACACUGUGGUAUAGAGUUGGACGAGGAUGGAGGGAUAGAUGGGGACAGUGACUUCACCAUCCGAGGUCGACUCUUGUCAUUGGUGGAGAAAGUGGCUCACCUGAAGAACAAGAUGGCCAACCGGCCAAAGGAGAAAAAAGAAAGGAAACCCAAUACGUUACAGCAAUUGAUUUCAGAUACGAUGGUCCGCUGGGCUCAGGAGUCAGUUAUUGAGGAUCCCGAGCUGGUCAGAGCCAUGUUUGUCCUGCUGCACCGCCAAUAUGAUGGCAUUGGAGGACAGGUGCGGGCCCUUCCUAAGACCUACACUAUAAACUCUGUGUCAAUCGAGGACACUAUCAACCUGCUGGCUGCUCUGGGUCAGAUCAGAUCCCUGCUGAGUGUCCGAAUGGGAAGAGAGGAGGAGAAACUGAUGAUCCGAGGCCUGGGUGAUAUCAUGAACAACAAGGUGUUCUACCAACAUCCUAAUUUGAUGAGAGCUCUGGGGAUGCACGAGACUGUCAUGGAGGUCAUGGUCAACGUACUCAGUGGAGGAGACUCUAAGGAAAUCACCUUUCCUAAAAUGGUGGCCAACUGCUGUCGUUUUCUCUGUUACUUCUGUCGAAUCAGCCGUCAGAACCAGAAAGCCAUGUUUGACCAUCUCAGCUACCUGCUGGAGAACAGCAGUGUUGGCCUAGCCUCUCCUUCCAUGCGAGGUUCUACUCCCCUGGAUGUUGCUGCAGCAUCGGUCAUGGAUAAUAAUGAAUUGGCCCUAGCUUUAAGAGAGCCAGACCUGGAGAAGGUGGUGCAGUACCUGGCUGGCUGUGGGCUGCAGAGCUGUGUGAUGCUGGUGCGUAAUGGAUACCCCGACAUUGGCUGGAACCCGGUGGAGGGUGAACGCUACCUCGACUUCCUGCGCUUUGCUGUCUUCUGUAACGGUGAAAGCGUGGAGGAGAACGCCAAUGUUGUGGUGAGGCUUCUGAUUCGCCGACCAGAAUGUUUUGGCCCCGCCCUUCGGGGUGAAGGUGGUGAUGGGUUGUUGGCAGCGAUGGAGGAAGCCAUUAAGAUCUCUCAGGAUCUCUCCAGGGAUGGUCCCUCUCCGACAUCUGAGAGCAGCAAGACACUUAGUGACAUGCUUGAGGAAGAGGAAGAUGAUACCAUCCACAUGGGGAAUGCCAUCAUGACCUUCUAUGCUGCUCUCAUUGACCUGCUAGGCCGCUGUGCUCCAGAGAUGCAUUUAAUCCAUGCUGGCAAAGGUGAAGCGAUCCGUAUCAGAGCCAUUCUGAGGUCUCUGAUUCCUAUUGAAGACCUGGUGGGUGUCAUCAGCAUUCCUUUCUCCAUGCCCAACGUGGCUAAAGAUGGAUCAGUGGUGGAGCCAGACAUGUCCGCAGGUUUUUGUCCGGACCAUAAAGCAGCCAUGGUCCUCUUCCUGGACAGAGUCUAUGGUAUAGAAGACCAGAAUUUCCUGCUACACCUGCUGGAAGUCGGUUUCUUACCAGACCUGAGAGCUGCUGCCUCUCUGGACACCGUUGCCCUUAGUGCCACAGACAUGGCACUCGCCCUCAACAGGUAUCUGUGUACAGCCGUGUUGCCUCUCCUGACUAAAUGUGCUCCACUGUUUGCGGGGACGGAGCCGUUCGCCUCACUGAUCGACUCCCUCCUCCACACGGUUUAUCGCCUGUCCAAAGGCUGCUGCCUCACCAAGGCCCAGAGGGACGCCAUAGAGGAGUGUCUGCUCGCUGUUUGUGGUAAGCUGAGGCCUUCAAUGAUGCAGCAUCUGCUGAGGAGGCUUGUGUUUGACGUUCCUCUGCUUAAUGAACACACCAAGAUGCCUCUGAAGCUGUUGACCAAUCACUAUGAGCGAUGCUGGAAGUAUUACUGCCUGGCUGGAGGCUGGGGCAACUUUGGAGCUGCAUCAGAUGAAGAGCUGCACCUCUCCAGGAAACUGUUCUGGGGAAUAUUUGAUGCCCUCUCACGCAAGCGGUAUGACCAGGAGCUGUUCAAGCUGGCGUUACCAUGUCUCAGUGCUGUGGCUGGAGCUCUUCCUCCAGACUACAUGGAGUCCAACUACAUGGCCAUGAUGGAGAAACAGUCGUCCAUGGACUCAGAGGGAAACUUCACUCCGCAGCCUGCAGACACUACCAAUGUGACUGUCCCAGAGAAACUUGACUAUUUCAUAACCAGAUAUGCAGAGCACAGCCAUGAGAAGUGGUGUAUAGAAAAGUUUUCCAAUGGCUGGUCAUAUGGGGAACAGAUUUGUGAAAUCUCCAAGAGCCACCCUUUACUGAAGCCAUACAAAGGCAUCUCCGAGAAGGAUAAGGAGGCGUACUGCUGGCCAGUCAAAGAGUCUCUGAAGACCAUGCUGUCGUGGGGCUGGAGCAUUGACAGGAUCAGAGAGGGUGACCCUGCCAGCCUCCAUAACAAGUCCAGGAGGAUAUCACAGGCCAGCCAGCAGUCUUUUGAAGGAGCUCCAGCUUUCAGCCCCAGACCCAUUGAUAUGAGCAACGUUACCCUGUCCAGAGACAUGCAGUCUAUGGCAGAGCUACUUGCAGAGAAUUAUCAUAAUACCUGGGCCAGGAAAAAGAAAAUGGAGCUAGAAGCCAAAGGUGGAGGAAACCAUCCUCUGCUGGUUCCCUACGAUACACUGACUGCCAAAGAGAAAUCCAAAGACAGAGAAAAAGCACAAGACAUCCUCAAGUUCCUCCAGAUCAAUGGUUACACUGUGUCCAGAGGUGUGCAGUCGCAGGAGCUGGACACUCCAGCUAUAGAAAAACGAUUCGCCUACACCUUCCUCCAGCAGCUCAUCACAUACGUAGACCAGGCACACCAACACAUGAUGGAGUUUGAUCUUGGAACAAGACCGAUGGGGGAGAAGAUUCCUCAUGAACAGCAGAUUAAGUUCUUUGGAAAGGUCGUCUUGCCGUUGGUGGAUCAGUACUUUAAAAACCACAGGCUAUACUUCCUGUCCACAGCCAUCCAUCCAAUCAGCAGCGGAGGCCACGCCUCCAACAAGGAGAAAGAGAUGGUGACAAGUCUUUUCUGCAAACUGGGAGUUCUUGUCAGACAUAGGAUAUCCUUAUUUGGUAACAAUGCCACAUCCAUAGUCAACUGUCUGCAAAUACUGGGACAAAGCCUGGAUGCCAGGACAGUGAUGAAGACUGGUCUGGAGUCAGUGAAGGCAGCACUGCGGCUGUACUUCGACAGUGCAGCAGAGGACCUGGAGAAGACGCAGGAGAACCUGAAGCUCGGCCAGUUCACCCACAGCAGAGAGCAGCCACGAGGUGUCACGCAGAUCAUCAACUACACCACCUUCGCCCUGCUGCCCGUCCUCUCCUCCUUGUUUGAACACAUCGGACAGAACAUUUUUGGAGAAGACCUCAUAUUGGAUGAUGUCCAGGUUUCCUGCUACAGAAUCCUCAACAGCCUCUACUGUCUGGGAACUAACAAAAGUAUCUACGUAGAGAGACAGCGUCCAGCAUUAGGACAGUGUUUAGCUGCCUUCUCAGCAGCCUUUCCUGUUGCCUUUCUUGAGCCUCACAUCAACAAGUUCAACAGCUUCUCCAUCUACAACAGCAAAGGAGCUAAAGACAGAGCGGCUCUAGGUCUUCCAGGGCAGGUGGGGGAAGCUUGCCCUUCGAUCCCAAACUUAGAGAAGUGUCUGGAGGAGAUCAUGGAAUUGGCAGAGGCUGGCAUGAGAUACACUCAGAUGCCCCAUGUCAUGGAGGUGGUGUUGCCGAUGUUGUGCAGCUACAUGUCUCACUGGUGGGAACACGGCCCAGAGAGCAACCCAGACAAAGCGGACAGCUGCUGCACCUCUGUGACUUCUGAACACAUGAAUAAUCUGCUGGGAAACAUUCUCAAGAUCAUCUACAACAACUUGGGAAUAGAUGAAGGGGCCUGGAUGAAAAGACUAGCUGUCUUCUCUCAGCCAAUCAUCAGCAAGGCCAAACCCCAGCUGCUCAAGACCCACUUCCUGCCUUUGAUGGAGAAACUAAAAAAAAAAGCAGCGGUCGUGCUGAUGGAUGAGGAACACAGCAAGGCAGAGGGGAGGGGUGAGAUGUCAGAGACAGAGCUUCUCAUCAUGGACCAGUUCACCAUACUGGUCAGAGACCUGUAUGCCUUCUACCCUCUCCUCAUACGAUUUGUUGACUACAACAGGGCCAGGUGGCUGAGGGAGUCCAACCCAGCGGCUGAGGAGCUGUUCCGUAUGGUGGCCGAGGUUUUCAUCUUCUGGGCCAAGUCUCAUAACUUCAAGAGAGAAGAGCAGAACUUUGUGGUCCAGAAUGAAAUCAACAACAUGUCCUUCCUCAUCACUGACACUAAGUGUAAGAUGUCAAAGAAAGACACAGAGCAUGAAGUACGAGAGAUCAUCAGGAACAAUCUCCAUUUGCAAGGAAAGCUGGAGGACCCAGCUAUUCGUUGGCAGAUGGCUCUAUACAGAGACCUUCCUAAUCACUAUGAGGACACCUCGGACCCAGAGAAGACUGUGGAGAGAGUCCUGGAGAUUGCUCAUGUCCUCUUCCACCUAGACCAGGUUGAACAUCCUCAGCGCAGUAAGAAGGCGGUGUGGCACAAACUGCUGUCUAAACAGAGGAAGAGAGCAGUGGUUGCAUGCUUCAGGAUGGCACCGCUCUAUAACCUGCCCAGGCACCGGGCGGUCAACUUGUUCCUGCAGGGCUAUGAGAAGACCUGGAUUGAGGCAGAGGAGCACUACUUUGAGGAUAAACUGAUAGAGGACCUUGCAAAACCGGGGGUCCAGGAGCCGUCAGAGGAAGAGGAGGGGCUAAAACACAUUGAUCCUUUGCAUCAGCUCAUUCAGCUGUUCAGCAGAACAGCCCUCACAGAGAAGUGUAAACUGGAUGAGGAUAUCCUCUACAUGGCCUAUGCUGACAUUAUGGCUAAGAGUUGUCAUGAUGAAGAAGAUGAGGAUGGAGAGGAAGUGAAGAGUUUUGAAGAGAAGGAGAUGGAGAAGCAGAAGCUGUUGUAUCAGCAGGCUCGGCUGCAUGACCGAGGAGCUGCGGAGAUGGUGCUACAAACCAUCAGCGCUAGCAAAGGUGAGAUGGGUCCCAUGGUGGCCUCUACUCUAAAGCUGGGCAUAGCUAUUCUCAAUGGAGGAAACUCUACUGUACAGCAGAAAAUGUUGGAUUAUCUGAAAGACAAAAAAGAUGUGGGCUUUUUUCAGAGUCUGGCUGGUCUGAUGCAGUCAUGCAGUGUUUUGGAUCUAAAUGCAUUUGAGAGGCAGAACAAAGCAGAAGGACUGGGAAUGGUGACAGAGGAGGGAUCAGUCAUCACUCAUGAGCGUGGUGAGAAGGUCAUGCAGGAUGAUGAGUUCACCUGUGACCUUUUCCGCUUCCUGCAGCUGCUCUGUGAAGGACACAACUCAGACUUCCAGAACUACCUAAGGACGCAAACAGGAAACAAUACAACCGUCAACAUCAUUAUUUCUACUGUUGACUACCUCCUCAGAGUACAGGAGUCUAUCAGUGAUUUCUAUUGGUAUUAUUCUGGUAAAGAUGUUAUUGACGAGCAGGGCCAGAGGAAUUUCUCCAAGGCAAUCAAUGUGGCCAAGCAGGUUUUCAAUACGCUCACAGAGUACAUCCAGGGUCCGUGUACUGGCAACCAGCAGAGUUUGGCCCAUAGUCGACUGUGGGACGCUGUGGUUGGGUUUCUGCAUGUCUUUGCUCAUAUGCAGAUGAAAUUGUCUCAGGACUCCAGUCAGAUUGAGUUGUUGAAGGAACUGAUGGAUCUUCAGAAAGAUAUGGUGGUCAUGUUACUAUCUAUGCUGGAGGGUAACGUGGUGAAUGGGACCAUUGGGAAGCAGAUGGUGGAUAUGUUGGUGGAGUCCUCCAACAAUGUGGAGAUGAUCCUCAAGUUUUUCGACAUGUUCCUCAAACUGAAAGACCUGACCUCCUCAGAUGCCUUUAAGGAGUAUGACCCUGACGCAAAAGGUGUCAUCUCCAAGAGGGACUUCCAUAAGGCCAUGGAGAGCCAUAAACACUACACCCAGUCUGAGACAGAGUUCCUGCUCUCAUGCGCUGAGACUGAUGAGAAUGAACUCCUGGACUAUGAAGAAUUUGUGGAGCGCUUUCAUGAGCCAGCCAAGGACAUUGGCUUCAAUGUGGCGGUUUUGCUGACCAACCUGUCGGAGCACAUGCCUCAUGACACCCGGCUGCAGACCUUCCUGGAGCUGGCAGAUAGCGUUCUCAACUAUUUCCAACCCUAUCUGGGCCGGAUCGAGAUCAUGGGCAGUGCCAAGCGCAUCGAGAGGGUCUACUUUGAGAUCAGCGAGUCCAGUCGAACACAGUGGGAGAAACCUCAGGUCAAAGAAUCCAAGCGUCAGUUCAUCUUUGAUGUGGUGAAUGAAGGAGGGGAGAAGGAGAAGAUGGAGCUGUUUGUGAAUUUCUGCGAGGACACCAUCUUUGAAAUGCAGCUGGCGGCUCAGAUGUCUGACGCCGGCGAGCGCUCAGCGAUGAAAGAGGAGAGUGAGCAGGAGAAGCCGGGCGAGGAGAACCCCGAGAUGGGCUUCUUCUCUGUCACCACUGUCCGCAUGGCUCUCUUAGCUCUGCAACACAACGUCAUGCUGCUUAUAAAGGUACUGUCCAUGAAGAGUUUGAAGAAGCAGAUGAAGAAAAUAAAAAACAUGACAGUGAAGGACAUGGUGACCACCCUGGUGUCUUUUAACUGGUCGGUGUUGCUGGGCCUCCUUCUCGUAGCGUUCAGCGUUGCCCGAGGAUUUUGCAGAAUCUUCUGCAACGCCUUCAUGGGAGGCAAUCUGGUGGAGGGCGCCAAGACCAUAAAGGUGUCAGAGCUGCUGGCCAACAUGCCUGACCCCACCCAGGACGAGGUGCGGGGUGAAGGGGAGGACAGAGAGAAGAGACCCCCCAAAGAGGACCUGGCUGACCUGGCAGUCAACAUCAGUGAGACCGAGCUGCUGUCAGACAUUUUUGGCCUAGACUUAAGAAGAGAGGGGGGCCAGUACAAGAUCACCCCACAUAACCCCAACGCCAGCCUAACCGAAUUGCUCAACUCGCCGGUUCCUUCCCCGACCCCCCCAACCCCACCCGCAGCAACCCCAGCUGAGCUCAGACGGAGGCAUCAGUCGAAGGGCUCUUCCACAGAGGAGAAGGAAGCAACAGCAGAGGCAGAAUGUGAACCUGAGAAAACAUCCGAAGGUGGCAAUGUAGAGAAACAAGAAAAACAACAGAAGAAUGAGAAGAUCAAACCAAAAGUGAGAAGGCAUCACACCUCAAAGUCUGACGAACCGGAUCUGCAGGAGUCUGCCUUCUUGAAGAAGAUCAUAGCCUACCAGAGGAAGCUACUGAACUACUUUGCCCGGAACUUCUACAACAUGAGGAUGCUGGCGCUCUUUGUGGCAUUUGCAAUCAAUUUCAUCCUCCUAUUCUAUAAGGUUUCUACAUCCUCAUCUGUGAUUGAAGAAAGGGAAGUUGUGUACACCAGCAGCCAGGCACACAGCAGCGUUCAGUGGGAUCCACUGGGAGGAGAAGUCAUGGAGACAAAAGAGGAGGUGAUGGACGAGACUGGGGAGCCCCUGAAGCCCGUCACAGUCCGUUUUGUCCUGGAGGAGAGCAGUGGAUACAUGGAGCCCAUGUUACGGAUCCUGGCUGUCAUGCACACUGUCAUCUCCUUCUUCUGCAUCAUUGGAUACUACUGUCUCAAGGUGCCACUGGUGAUCUUUAAGCGUGAAAAAGAGGUGGCUAGGAAGCUGGAAUUUGAUGGUCUUUAUAUCACAGAACAACCAUCUGAGGAUGACAUCAAAGGACAGUGGGACAGACUGGUAAUCAACACACAAUCUUUCCCCAACAACUACUGGGAUAAGUUUGUGAAGAGGAAGGUGAUGGAUAAAUACGGAGAGUUCUACGGCCAUGACCGCAUCAGUGAGCUGCUGGGAAUGGACAAGGCUGCCCUGGACUUCAGCGACUCUCACAAAAAGAGAAAGCCCAGGAGAGACAGCUCACUGGCGGCUGUGCUGAACUCCAUUGAUGUCAAAUACCAGAUCUGGAAGCUGGGCGUUGUAUUCACAGACAAUUCCUUCCUGUAUCUGGCCUGGUACAUGACCAUGUCCAUCCUAGGUCACUAUAACAACUUCUUCUUUGCUGCCCAUCUCCUCGACAUCGCCAUGGGCUUCAAGACUCUCCGUACCAUCCUGUCCUCAGUCACACACAAUGGAAAGCAGCUGGUGUUAACAGUUGGCCUGUUAGCAGUGGUGGUGUACCUCUACACUGUAGUGGCCUUCAACUUCUUCAGGAAGUUCUACAACAAGAGUGAAGAUGGAGAACUGCCAGACAUGAAGUGUGACGACAUGUUGACCUGCUACAUGUUUCACAUGUAUGUGGGCGUUAGAGCAGGUGGAGGGAUUGGUGACCAGAUUGAGGACCCGGCAGGCGACGAGUAUGAGAUCUACCGCAUCAUAUUUGACAUCACCUUCUUCUUCUUUGUCAUCGUCAUCCUCCUGGCUAUCAUCCAGGGGUUAAUCAUUGAUGCUUUUGGAGAGCUGAGGGACCAGCAGGAACAGGUGAAAGAAGACAUGGAGACCAAAUGUUUCAUCUGUGGAAUAGGUAACGACUACUUUGACACAGUCCCACAUGGCUUUGAAACGCACACGCUACAGGAGCACAACCUAGCCAACUACCUAUUCUUUGUGAUGUAUCUCAUCAACAAAGACGAAACAGAGCACACAGGCCAGGAGUCUUACGUAUGGAAGAUGUACCAGGAGCGUUGCUGGGAGUUUUUCCCGGCUGGUGACUGUUUCCGGAAACAGUACGAGGAUCAGCUCAACUGAUCUGUUCUCGGAGCAACAAACUCUUCCCUUUCAUACUGUAAGCUGUCCAAGGCCCUCUACAGCCAUCUUCCCUUUGCUUAUCCCUCAAAUCUUUCUUACUGCUCUCUGAGGAGUCCCUGUUCUACCGAACCACGGCUUCUACACUCUGCUCCACUUCCCAGUCUAGGAGGAACUACUUCUCCAGCCUCCAGGUCCCGCCCCGAGCCUUUCUCCCAGCUCUUCCUCAUCCAGUCACUCAAUUCGCCAGCACACUUUGUUUGGAAUGCUUCUAACUGACUUUGUACAUAGAAAAUAUCAGAGAAAAUGCUGUACAAUAUUUGACUUGUGCCACGUCAAGGUUUUUUGGCUCAGAUGAUGACUUCUUUGCUUCAUCUUAUUCUACAGUCACAGUAACAAGCAAAAAAUACAGAGCAAGUGAAAAAGGAAGGACAAGACGGACAGAGGAGGUGAGUGCAAGGGAAACGAAGAGAUACUUCUUCCAGAAAGACUUUCAGGACAAUGAUCGAUACACGAAGAGCAGACAUUAGUAUGAUGAUUUUUACGUCUUUUCAUGUGUACAAUGCACGAUGCAUGUAGGUACAGGGGGCGGACACAAAAAAGGAAAACUUCUACAAUCCCGAUGUAAUCCAACACCACCGCUCUGCAAUAAUCUGACCUUUGAGAAGCUUACAUGUCAGCUUUUGUGAAGACUGUCAGAGGUGAGGGAUUGGAUUAACUCUAAGGUAUCUUUUUUUUUUUUUUUUUUUUUUUUUUUUAUUGUGUUACAUGUUACAUAGUUUAAAUAUGUUAAUAUUGUGUCCACACCCUCUCAACACUGUGUGUGAAGGGCUCCUUACCUAAGUAUUCACAUCCCUAGCAACAUGAUCAAUAGUCCAUUUUGUUCCAGUGGAGGUGAGUGACUCAUCCAAAGGACAGACGUCAACAAGUCAUAAUCCUCUAUCAGCUUGCAAGUUAUCCACAUCUUUUUUUUCUUCUUUUUUUAAAGACUACAGAAAUAAAUGUAUGACCCCAAAACUUUGCUUGCAAACUUGUUAAAUACAUUAUUGACAUUUUCUUCUUUAAUUUGAUCUUUUGCCCCAGCAUGGCCUUAGAAUAGAGAGGUCCCUCUGGUCCACAUCAACAUAUGUGAGCGACUACUGGUCAGAUUGCCAUGACAUUUACUGAGUACACGACGUAAUGAUACCAUCCGGACAAAUCUUUAUUCCCACUACUGGUCAAGGCUCUAAGAAUAGCUAAACAGUCAGCAUGUUUGUUCUGCCCAAUAGUAUCGCUGCGUGUAAGAUACAUUGCAGCCUCUAGGUGUUACUACUGGGGCUUUAGACUUACUUUCAUCAAUUAAUGCUACUUACUUACGGCUUACGCCAUACAUUUGUUAAUCAAACGAUGUAGUUUUAUGUAAAAGCAAUACCAAAGCAGCAGUAAUUGGUCUGUUUUAGACGUUAAAGCUGCAUACAAAGUUAGUACAUGCUUGUUAGCUAUGAUAAAUAAUGAGCCAGACUGGAACAGCCCAUUAUCCACAGCUGGAGGAAAGGCUGAAGAUAAUCAAUGUAUGGAUGAAAGCAGAAGGGGGGGAGACAGGAGGAUACAGUGCCUUACUAAGCCAGGCGUGAGUUUUGCAAGCUGGAGGAAGAGAGGAAUGUCAGAAAGCUUCACAUAUACAGUAUAUAAUGUAAAGAUGGGUGGGUGUCUAUGCAGAACAGAAACAUGCGAGCACUAUAGGAAAGUAGAACUAGAGAUGGAAGGAGGAUGGAGAGAGAAAUGCCCUCAGGACUUUGUUAUUGGAAAUAUAAGAUCUCACUGGGCCUUAAGCAGUUUUGGUGCCGAAAUAUAACAUUUGAAAUAAUUUCAAAUUUCAGUUGCGCUUGCUUUAAAGCUUUAUGCAGUGCAAAAAGGGUGUUACAAUAAAAAAUAAAAAAAUAAAAAUAUCAUUUAAUCAAUUCUGUUUGGUUGCGUAGUACUGUCAGAUGAUCUUUAAGUUGUCUUGUGAAGUUCUAGGUAGUCAGAUUUUAGUUUAAAAUGACAGCAGCAGCAGAUGAGGUCACAUCUUGACUGGAAAUUGAGUGGAAACGUCCGACAGCAGAGGUGGCGUGUGGCCCUAGUGGUACCUUCCGUCUGAGAGUUGAGGCUCUUAUUACAAAGCUCUGCUGAGUACGGUAUAGUGCCACUUGUCCAGGUCCGAUGGCCUCUUCCUUUUUCUGAAAGCAUUUCAUUUUGAAAAUUUUCGUUUUGGUUGGCUCCAUAUCCACUCAUAGUUGCCAGUUUAGGUACACCCAUCUAAACUAAUGCAGUCUAAUCCAACGGUCCUGCAAUAAUUCCCACUUUAAUGAAGGUAAUGAUCUGAUGUUGAAAGAGCUUUAGAGAAAUAUUGAUUCUGCUGUUUGUGGUGCUGUUUUUUUUGUUUUGUUUUUUGCAUUUUAAUAUUAAAUCUACUCCUAAUCUUUACAUAAACGGGUGGAUAAAAUAUUAUAAAUGCUUCUGCAUCUAGGUGGGCCUAAUAAAGCGGCAACUAAGUGUGGUUUACACAUUUCUGAUGCUGCCAUAUUGUCACUUUAAAGAUGGAUCCAUCGUGUUAGCUUAUCUUCGUGUUGGUACACAGUGCUGCAGACACACAUACUGUAUACAUUCUCGUGCAAUAUAGGAGUCAACAUCCAUCAUACAUGUUAAUACGUUGGAUUAAAUGCUAUUUUUUGUCCUACCCUGUUUUAAUUGUAACACCCCCCACUGCAAGGCAGGCAGAUUAACUGGCCGUGUUAAAAGUGGAAGAAAGUGCCAACCGUCCAUAGAACACAUUUCAUUCUCAAAGUUUCACCUCGUAGGGUUUGGGUGCACAGACAAGGGCCGGGCGAACAAUUUUAGAAAAUUAUAAUCAGAAACAAAUUGAUCCAUUCAAAAAUUGUUUAUUCAUUUUAUUUUUCAACAGCUUCAUUCCUCAGUGAUAGGUGUGUGUUGAUUGAAUAAAUGGCAAAUGUUCAACAAGCAUUCAAAUAAGGAUUGUUCAUCUGAAGUUUAUUAAUGUAUUGAUGAUCUUAUGCAAUACAGCAAAAAGCUCUUUUUUUGUAUUGAUGUUCUCCAAAAAAAGUAUCUAAGAAAGAAAUGCCAUUGCAUGUUUAUUAUGCAGAAUUAAUUAACAAGUAUAACAAAGACACUAAAUCUAUGUCACCCAUAAAUUGUUUAAUAGGAUUAUUUAAGAUAAAUUAAGAUUUCUGUAUUAUUGUAUUUAAGUGUUGUGGGCUUCAUUGUAUCUCUUCAAGUCAUUUGCCACUAGUGCAUCCCUCAGAAAAAAAGUGGCUCCUGCUUUUCUCUCACUUAAUCAUCUCUGUUUUAAUAUACUAUAAGUCAAAUGUUUGUUUAGGUAUCAUUUGGUUUUAAGCUCAAGCAAUAGCCCUUCAGGGAGUGUACGGGAGACUGACCAUUGUAAAUUGCAAACAAAGGCAAAACAAAUAAAAGCUUGCUUAACUUUG